AUGCUGUCUGCUGUGCGAUGUAUGCUAUCCAAGCUGGUUUCUCCGUUGUGGAGAACGGAAGAGGCGGAUGGAGAAGACAUUUUUGUAGGCGCAGCGGGUAAAUGCAGCUCUCCGGCAAGUCUCGCUUUUCAACACGCAUAACAAUGUAGUUAUUGUUCUGGUUGUUCUGUUUAUAUUUGGUCAGGCAUGGAGGACAUUCGCCACCUGCGGGGCAGCGUGGUGACCCAACUGUGCCCUGACUAUGGCCUGAUCGAUGAUGCAGUCUACUUCACAAGUGGAGAGGUGUUGGGUGGGGUGCAGAUUAAAGAAGGAGACCUGGUGAACUGUACAGCAGUGCGAGAUGGUGUCCAAAGAGGAUGGAAAGCUUUAAGGGUGGGUGUCUUGUGUUUGGAGGAAGAAAUAUGUGUCAGUAUACCGUUUAAUUACUGGAAAAAUAAUGCCAUUACAAGAGAAUCAGAGAAUUGUUCCAUUUCAACUCUGCCCUGUAGGUUGAGAAAAAUGCAGAUGCUUGGGAAGAUGGUGGAAAAUCCUCUCUAGAAAGUGACUGUAUGCAGCUGCGGCCUCUCAUUGGUACAAUCACGUCUUUUGAUGGAGAUGGCGGCUACAUAAACCAAACUACACACUUCUCAUGCUACAGUCUUUGGGAAGGUACUAGUGCUCACAUUACUGUAAUCCUCUUGAGCUUCGGAUGUUUGACAUAAACUUUCCCUGUUGAAAGAUGACCAGUCACCCCUGAAACUCAACAUUUUGACUGAUCUAAUAGUCUCCUCAAGUCUGUUGUUUGCUUUCAUGACCAUUUAUGCCUGUUUAUUUCAUUUUGUACGUUCUGUGAGGUUAUGUGCCGAUGAAAGGAGACUGGGUCCAAGCAAAAUAUUUCAUCAAUCCAACCCAGUGGACCUCCCAAGCGCAUUCUGUGGCACCUUUACGCUAUUGCCGCUUAGACCAGGUAAAAAGAUUAUUGAACACUUGUGUUUAGGCUGAAUGAUGUUGUAAAAGAGCACUUAAAUACACAAAAGAGUGCUGAUGCUUAAAUCUAAAUUAUGUCUGUCUUUAGAACAAUAUAAAACUGAUUCCUUUAUUCCUUUACCACCUGCUGAAUAUCAUCUAUCUCCAGGUGUGUGUGACCAGUGUGUAUGGCGACAGUGGCGUAGUGGAUGACAGUGUCUUCUUCAGUCUUGAGUCUCUACUGCUGCCUGCUGACUACAAGCCUUUGCAGGGGCACCUGGUUAACCUGGUGAUGGUGGAGAGCAGUCAGUCCUUCUACAGUUGGAGGGCUCUUUGCAUGGCACCCUGCCUUCAGAGGUAUGAAACAGAGUGAUUGAGGAGACAGCUGCGGCAUGUUGAAAAAGUAAAACGGCAAAUUCUGUGUUCUGCAUAUCUUAAAAAUGUUUUCAGCGUUGCUAUUUUUGCCAGGUGAAAGAGUGGACAUAAACAAACUGAGAGAUGUUUACCUCUAAUGUGAGGACUUUUUGUUGCAGUUCCAUUUGUUCUAAUGCACCUCUCUCAGAGGACAAACUCCGGAGCAUUUUGGAAAACAAGGGUGGUCUUGAAGUAACAGACUAUGGCCAGUUUGGAGAUGUGAUGAUCGGGGAGGAACCCAAAUUGGUUCUGUGGAUACAGUAAGUGUCCAAAGACAAAAAAAUUGUCAUAUUCUGUCAGAUCUAAGAGAUUAACGAUCAUCUAGUUUUCCUGUCAGCAGCACAAUAAAGUCAACUGUUUUAAAUAUCAUCUUUCUCUUGUAACAGAAAUAAAGGUUCAGAUACCCACAGGCUGAAGUGCUGUGACUUUGCUGGCUGGGACUCAAAAGAACAGUUUACUCUAGUUCCUGUAAAGGAGUUGAACCCACUCACACAAGAAAAGCCUUCACAAGAAAACUGUAAAGUGUCUGCAGAAAAGCAAACACAUAAUGAUGGAAAAGAGGUAGACAAAGAAAAGAGUGAGCUGCAGAAGGACAGUAUCCAAUCUACUGGAGUGAGGAGAGAGAAAAAAGAAGUGGAUAUUGCACCAGGAGGGAGGUUGUCCAUUACAGUUGCCUGCCAAGCUAAGUAAGUGAUUUUCAAAUACAUAUCUUGUGGGUUUUUUGAAAAAUAGACACAGAUGGAGGACGGAGUAAUCAAAAGACAAAAGGUGAAAACACUGAACGCCUUCACCUUUGUGCGAAAUUAACUCUUUCUGUCAAACCUUCAUGCCUGUCAUUCUGAUUUCACAUUAAAUAUUUUCUCAGGAGUCUUGGGAGCUGCACUGAGCUACUGUUGCUGCACUUCUCCUCUUUCACCAUUGGGAGGCGCCUUGAGGUCACUGUGAGCAGCGAAGAGGCCAGUUUGCUGCAGCCCUCAGCUCCUUACAGUCCCAGUGAUGCUGGCCCGGCUCCAGCAGUGCCUGAUCAUGUGAUCACUGUAACUGCUCCAAAAAUCCCACCACGGUACUAAACCAUCUGCCUCCUUUGUCUGAGGAAGGGCACCAAGCUUGAAAUGAUAUGUCUUUCUUUAAAUUUUGCUCAUAUUCUGACAGAGUAAUGAUGUUACAGGUUCAAUCCAAUCCAAACCAUUUUAUUUAUAUAGCACGACUUAAGCAAACGCAAUGUUUCCUAAAGUGCUGCACAGCAAGAUAAAAAUACAAUAAAUAACACAACAGAAGCACAGUAGAUAAGGUAAAAAUAAAAUGAGGUAAAACACAGUAAAAUCAAAUGAAGACAAAUACAAUAAAUAAAAUAAAUGAAGUAAAAUAAAUGAAGUCGGCCUCCUACUGGGUGUUAAACGCCAAGGAGAAAAGGUGGGUCUUAAGACAGGAUAUAGAAACAGGCGAAGAGGAGACCUGUCUGAUGUGCUGAGGCAGGUUAUUCCAAAGUUUAGGUUACCCAUGUUCUUCUGAGAUGUUGCCGAUAGAAGAAGAUUGUUGGAUGAAUGCACCAGAACUCUAACCUGAACUCCCUUUAUAACCUUUUCCAUUGUAUUAUUACAAAAAAAAAAAAUGUGUCUUAUCUUUUGUAACUUUCCCUGUAGGAUCACAAAGCGGCGGUUGCCCAACUUCCUACCUAGCUAUCAGGUGCCCCAGGCUCUCAGAGACUGCAUGGAAGCGAAGAGCGAUGUGCUGGUAAUUAAGCCCUGCCUGGGAGAGGUGAGCAAAAAAGGCUCAGCUGUAUAACUUAAUAAAACUACAUCAGUAAAAGCUGGAUGAGUGCCACCCGCACAUUAAAUGUGUUGUAUAACGGUGCUUUAAAGCACUUAAGCUAAUGAAGUCUAACUCUAUCUAAUGCUUUGUGGGUCAAAAUCCAAUCACAGAACUGAAUCACUGUGCCUCGUAAUUAGAUAAACAAGGAAAUGUGUGGUAUAAACUGACCCUCUUUAACUGGGCAGACACAUGGCCUCAAAAAAUGUUCCAGUUGCCGUUUAUUGUGUCUGUAAAUCCUCUAUCUUGUAGCAUUUGAAAAAGACGUGUUCAUCCUGAAAAGACUCUUUCUCCAGAGAUCAUCUUUAUUAUUAAAUUUUCCUUUUCCUGCUGUGUGUCCUUGUCAAGGUGUUGUCACCAUCCAACAUGCUGUCACGUUUCUCAACCCUUCUCUGGCUGGAGGAGCUGAAUGCAGAAAAGCAACUCCAAGAAUUCUCCAUCACCGGAGCACUUCUCAGAAAAGGAGGCGUUUACCUGCACCUGGAGGUCGCAGGUUUGGCUGAAGGCAGACCCAGUCUCUUUAUAGGUGAGGAGGCUUUAAGGUGACUUUUUUAUGUCUGUUGAAUGACUGCAAAGCUAUAUGAUAAGAGUUUUCUUUGCAGGUGACAGAGUGACGCUGAAGAAACCGCAGAGGGAUGGUGUUGUGAUGGAGUAUGUUAGCUACGUCACUGAGGUACAAAGAUGUAUGAAAAUUUGAGGCAUCUCCACAAUCUACACGAUGCUCUUUGAAUUCAAAGCUAAUGUAAUGAACCGGUUUGACUCACAGAUUGAUGAUGAGAGUGUCAGUUUGAGGGUGAAUGCUGAAUUUCAACGCAGCUACCUGGGCGAGCCACUUGAUGUUGAGUUCUCUUUAAACAGGUGAAGAUAUGCUUCCAGUUUUGUCUCGCACAGAAGUAAAUGCCACUAAAACCAGUGUUCUUACUGCUUACUUUGACAGAUUAACUAUGAGACGAUGUCACCACGCACUUCACCAGACUAAACAGUUUGGGGAAAGUAAGUUCCAACUGAGUGUGUUUGGCACGGUUUUCUGUUUUUAAAACCGACUUCAUUUACAAUCAUGCAAGCUCAGUGUUUCACUAACCUAAUGACAUGGAGGAACUGACCCUCGCUGUAACAUUCAGAAAGUCCUUUCUCCGAUGGCUUUUUGUAAAUAAAGGACAUUUUUCUAAUUAAAUGUGUAAAUAUAUUCAGUAAUAUUAAUAGGAUAAUGUUCCUGAAACAGACUCUUUAGUAUAGAUUAGAGAGGACAUCUUGUGGUCUCUGAACAGUAAAGUGAUGCACCUUAUUUAAAAGCAAUCCGUCCCCCACCCCACUCACAGUAAGUGGCUGAAAGACCUUAUGUCUUGUUUAGACCUUGAGAAGAGUUGUUACUCGGUCGCAGGUUCGCUGAGGCUCUGAACAGCUUGUUUGCAUUAUUUUCCUUAAUCAUCUAUGCAGUUAAGUUGACAAAGUCUCUUUGUAUUGCAGACACUAAAGGUCCAUAUUUUUGAUCGAGGCACUUAUGUUUUUAUUAGAUGUUCUCAGAAUGAUUACAUAUGUAUUGAAAGAUGGUCAACUAACCUCUUUAUUGUUGUGUAGUUCUCUUCCCCUCUGAAGUGACUCUUAAGCCCCCUCAGGUGACAGGAGAGUGGAUUGAGGGGCCAGACCAAAGCAAAUUGGCCAAGAACAGUGAGGUGAAAGAAAGCCCAAAACAUUUCUCAUCUUUAGUCUAAUUUCAGUUAAAUGUAACUGUCUCCUCCCACCAGGCUCCAGCCAUGGAAAAUGGAAUGGUGUCAAACUUCUCAGUUGGCAUGAAGUCACAGGCCACACAGACCAAACGUACAGGUAUUACAUCUCUAUUUUACUGCAAGUGUUGCCGGUUCAUAUCUGUCAAGUCUGAUAACAACAAAUAUCUAAUCUCUCUAGAUACCAGACUGUCACCCAAACCCAUCCCCAGCAAAGGGCAAUUCUUCAACCCAGACCUGAAUCCCCCACAGAAAGAGGCCGUGAAGAGGAUACUGGCAGGAGAGUGUCGGCCCACUCCAUAUGUGUUGUUUGGACCUCCAGGGACUGGGAAGACCAUUACCCUCAUAGAGGCCAUUCUACAGGUACAUGUGCACCAUCACCACUGGAUAUAUGUUAGUAUUGGGAGAAAAAAUGGGUUCACAGAAGUAUCACGAUUUUUUGUUUUUGUUUUUUUUUAAUAUCGUUUUUUUUUUUUUUUUUUUUCCAGUUUUAAGAAUACGUCUUAAAAACUGACUUACAUAUGAUAUGUACUUUUUUGGGGAAAUAUGGUUCCUGGAAUAGUCAGUAGUCAUACAACUGUUUCACUGGUGUUAAAAAUGCAGACUAAAAAUCAAGAAAACCGACAAUAUCGUAGAAUUGCAAUUUAAAUCAUAAUCAUAAAAAAUCGUAGAAGAAUCAAAUUGGGAGAAAAGCAUAUCAUCCCAGCCCUAAUAUAUGUCCUUACUUUGGUCAGCUGUUCUACUUCUGAAUAGUUGUCAGUGUAGCAACUUAAGGUUACUUGAGAAAUAAUGUCUCAUAUCAUCGAGAGGAAUCACAAACCUGUAGUCCGUCUAAAAACAGGAGGAUUGAUUGAGUAUUCAUUGAUUCACUUGACACUGCAUUAGCUUGAACUUGUCUGGAUUUGGUUAUAUUUCAGUUUGGUCUCAGUCCCCUCUGACUCAAAGCUUGUGUAACUUAAUGAAGUAUUUCCACCCUCAGGUGUACCACUUUGUGCCCAGUAGUCGGGUACUUGUCUGUACUCCUUCCAACAGUGCCGCUGACCUCAUCUGCGUCCGCCUACAUGACAGCGGCUUCCUGCAUUCUGCAAGUUUGGCCCGUGUCAAUGCAUCCUGCAGGCAGGAGGAGGUACUGGGCAAAUUUGGACACAGCAUCCUUCAUUUAUAGGGCUUGAUACCAGACAGACAAAACUGCUGUCAGCAAUUAUGUAAAGUAACAGAUACACUACCCAUGGUACACAGUUUUUUCAUCUAAAAUGUACUCAUGCUAUAUUGGUGCGUUUGUUUUUUCUUAGGCCAUCCCAAUGGUGUUGAGACAGUACUCAAGGGCUGGAGAAGACAUCCGCAAUGCCUCUUUUCACAGGAUUGUGGUCAGCACCUGCUCUAGUGCCGGGAUGUUCCACAGCAUAGGGCUCCAGUAAGGCUCAGGCUGCAGUAGGAGUCAUUAUCAACAGCUUCUUUGGAGUCCUUAAACUCAUUUGUUUCUCUUCAGUGUAGGACAUUUCACCCAUGUGUUUCUGGAUGAAGCAGGCCAGGCUACAGAACCAGAGGCUCUGAUUCCCAUAAGUCUCCUGUCAGAGACGGAUGGGCAGGUCAGAAGAAUUACAGAUUCCUCACUGAUAUACGUAGAAAAGUUAAUAGUAAAUAGUUGCACUUGGCCAAUUUGAAAGUUGAUAACUUGUUCUGAAUUGCUUAGGUAUUAAUGACAUGAAUUUUACCUCCAUUACCUGCUUAGAUAGUGUUGGCUGGAGACCCCCGUCAGUUGGGUCCUGUGAUUAAGUCCAAGCUGGCCACUGCCUUCGGCCUGGGGGUGUCCAUGUUGGAGAGGCUGAUGGCCAACCCUCUCUACUCCAGACUUGGCAGGGGUUAUAACCCUUAUCUGGUCAGUGUUCUUCAAAUGAAAUUCAGUGUCAUUUAACUAGUUGUGAGCAAGCAUUUCUUUUACAAUUAAAGAUAAUUAAACUUUUUCUCAUGCUGUACAGAUUCAGUGCUACAUGUCACUGGAUUCAGUGUGUGAUAUAAUUACCUGUCUUUACUUCCUUGCCAAAACAGAUAUUAGUUAGUUGUUAGUUUGUUGAUUUGUCUUGCAAUAGGUGACAAAGCUGAUCUACAACUACCGUUCACACGAGGCCUUGCUAACACUGCCCUCGAAGCUCUUCUACCAGGAUGAGCUGAUUGUUAAAGCUCCAAAGACCAUUGUAGAGUCUCUCUGCGAGUGGAAAACCCUGCCCAAAAAAGGCUUCCCUCUUCUUUUCCAUGGAGUCAGGGUGAGUGGUCUUUGAAGGAGGUCUAAUCUGCCAUGAAUGAGGCCUGCAAUCAUUAACUAAAUAUGCAUCCAUACUGAAGUUACUGCUUUGCUUCAGUAAGGUAACUCUGUAAACAUCAAUAGGCUUUGCUUUAUCAGGUUAUUGUACUGUUUAGCUCUCAUCUUAACUUUGUAGACUUUGCCUCUGCUUCCAGGGUACAGAAAUGAGAGAGGGUAACAACCCGUCGUGGUUUAACCCAGUGGAGGCUGUUCAGGUCAUGCUCUAUUGCUGCCAGCUGGCAAAGAAGCUCUACAACCCAGUGAAUGCAUCUGACAUCGGUAUCAUUGCUCCGUACAGGAAGCAAGUAAGACGACACUGUUUAUUUAUGAGUUUUGCAGAAUUUUAAUGAGUGAAUUUUUCACAUUGUAAUCUUAUGCUGUUCUUUGAUAACUGCAGUGUGAGAAGAUCCGACUGCUUCUGGGUAGGGUGGGCCUGUCAGACAUCAAAGUUGGCUCUGUGGAGGAGUUCCAGGGACAAGAGUUCCUCGUCAUCAUCAUGUCUACGGUAGGCUAGAAAUAGAUUUAAAUAGAGAAAAUCACGGGGGAAAAUGCUUUCUUUCUAAUGAGAACGUUGGUGUUUUCACUUUGUGACUUCAGUAAAUCAACUUAUAGUUAGCAUUUAUUAAGUUACUCUGAAGUUAUCACAAACUUUUCUUUAUUUUUGUCCCCCUUUUUUAAACUAGUCGUUUACAGUCGUGAAGAUGGAAAAUUGUUGUCCUCCCUUGACCUUGUUUAGCGUGUGUGUGUGUGUGUGUGUGUGUGUGUGUCUUGUCCCUUGUGCAUUUCCUCGUCAGCAUUACAGCGCCACUUACUGGCGUGGCAUAUUUACUACAUCAUUUUCAGUGGUUUCGUUUUGAGAGAUGAUAGAAAAACUUAUUAAAGUGAAGUUUGGUGAAGUUGUCACUGAAAAAAAAAAUCAAAAUCGCAAACGGCGUUUUCAGAGAAAAAAAACCCAGAUUUUAUUUUUGGCCAAAAUCAUGCAGCCCUAACAACAACAACAACACACAAAAGCUCACAGCAAUAUGAUAAUGAGAUUGUAAAAUUAAUCAUUUGACUCCAUCAACGAAAACAAACUAAUUUUAAUGAAGCUCUAACAUAAUAACAUAUUUUGUUUCUUUUCUCUUGCUACUUAAUACAUGAUGAUUCUUUUAGACGCAUGAGAUGAAAUGUGAAUCAUCAACAUGCACACUAACCAGCUGCAGCCAGCUUUCACCGCUUCUUGAAGCUCUCUCCUCUGUUCAACUCCCUGUUGGUCUGUUUAGUGUUUAAUUAGCGAUACAAUUGAUCAUUCCUCUGGUGGCAAUCGUGAUUUGCUUGAUCAACCAAGAAGAGGAAUGUCUGCUGUAAUGUGAUGUCGAGCUGAGUGCUCAGAACUCCUGAAGUGACACAAACACUUAAAACAUCCCAACGAUGUAUUUCAAUGUGACAUCGCUCAUGAAAGGUCUCUUUUCUACUUAAAUAACUUAGUCUUCAGUUACUCUUUUAUUCUGUGGUGUGUUUUCUCUUAGGUUGACUUUAUUUACAGGAUAAACUCAGGAGGAAGAAAGCUCAUUUGAGCCCAACAAAAGCAAAAAAGGGAUUUUUUGCUCCCGAUACGAUACCAAUAUUGUAGCCUUCAGUAUUGGCCGAUACCAAUAUUAAUCAGAUAUUGUGCAUGACAAGUUUUGCACUCUGCUAUAAUGUCUUUUUUCGGACUUUAACAAAAAAUACGACCACACAGUUGACAUCACUCCUACUCCUUGCUACUUUAUAAGUACCUUAGUGCACACUGUUUUUGUGAUCAUGUGGGCUCUGCAUGCUGGAUCCGGGUGCUGCUAGAUAGAGGUGCCGGAGUGGAGUCUGGAAUGGACUGCUUGUAUCGGAAAAUCCGAGAUUUUAGAUGCAGGCCGAUAUAAUCAGAGAUUUGUUUUUGACUGAUAUUGGACUGAUAUCAGAUACCAACAUUGUAUCGGGACACGCCUAAACUUUACAUUUAACAUGUAUCAUCCACUUUGCUAAUGAUGUUUAUUGUAAUACAGAUGUAUGUUCAAGGUUCAGAGCAGCCUUAAUAUCCCUGUGAGGACCAACCUGUUUUAAUGUCUUUACACAAUGACACAGUAUGGAGGCAAAAAUCAAGAACUAAUUCUUCAGUUAUUUUCUUGUAAUAUAGGUGCGCUCUAAUGAAUCACUGCAGAGUGAUGAUUUGCAGAGUGUGCUCGGCUUUUUGGCCAACCCCAAGCGCUUCAAUGUGGCCGUCACUCGUCCCAAAGCCUUGCUUAUAAUCGUUGGAAACCCCCACGUUCUCACAAGGGUAAGUAUUGAAACAUCUGUUUGAAGUUAGGUUUUCUAUGAAGUGAUGUUAUUAGGUUUCAUGUCAUACAGAUUUUUGAUAUCCUGUUUUCCUGCAGGAUCCAUGUUUUAGGGCUCUGCUGCAGUACUGUUUCAUCAACGGGGCGUAUCUGGGCUGUGACCCCCCUCCAUCCCUCAGAGACACUCAGAUGUAAGUAAAAUAAUCAACCAUCAUGAAGUCUUCAUUUAUCAUGUUUUAAUUAAAGUCAGUAUUCACACUGGUAAGGCUGGCCUGUUCAAAUCUGACAUCUUGACAAGUGUGCCUUGGCGUAGCUACAUUUCUUGUUUAUUAUUAUUUGUACAGUUUUUUGUUUUUCCUUAACCAACGAUAAGCCCGUCUUUACUUUUGUUUUUGCAGUUUUGCAGAGGAGCAAAGGAGAGAGUAA